UAGACUAAUACUAUUUGCUCGUAUAGUUGCUGUUGCUCGAAUAAAACUAACUCAGGAUAUUUAAUGAGGCCAAAUUUCUAUAGGCCAAAUCAGCUUUCUGCUGCUGGGGGAAAGGUUCCUAAUGAAAGCAGCGGGGAACGCUGAAAAUGUCUGUUAAAAAAUUGAAACAAGAAGAAAAACUGACCCCGAAAUCCAUAGGAACACACAGCAAGGCAUUUCGUGAACUAAGGAGGCUCCAGUCCCUGCUUGCCAAAAACAGUCCCAGACAAGAGGUGGCAGUGUUGAGUCACAGUAAAGGAUGCAGCAGUGGAACCAGCAGAUCCAUCCCUCCUCAAAAAAACACAAGUAGACACAGGCCUGAGAGUGACAUCAGCAAUGAGGCCUCAGAACUGGACAAAUUCAGCAUAACAUACAGAGACCAAAGAUGCUUCAGCAGCCACCCGUUGCAUGAACUGUUCUCUGACAUCCUUGUGUCUUUGAUCAAGAACCGACUGUGCAGUGAAUGGAUUGAGCAUGCACCUCCUGAGUCAGUCCUUAGAGUUCUCAUCUGCCUGCGAUUAUUGAUCAGAGAUCCCCACUAUCAGAAAAUCCUCCAUGAGCUUCAAGGCAUCAGUUUACUUGCCAGGUAUAUGGAGUCUGUCACUGCUCUGUAUAUGUCGUGUGGGGAGCAGACGUUUGCCACGCAGAAGCUGGUCACAAUGACCUACAUCUUUCAGAAAUUAUCUGCCACUCAGGAUCAAAGAGUCUGGGUCAUUGAGAGUGGCGCUCACAGGACUAUGGCAAAACUCCUCUCGACAACUGAUAGCAGUGUGCUACUGGGAGCCCUGCUAGCACUCACCACUUUGGCUGAGAGCAUAGAAUUUAAAGAGGAGAUUGGGAAGCUACUGAUAGUGGAGAGCCUCCUUGUAAUACUUCAGGAAUACGACCUCCUGUCAAAGAGAAUGAGUGCGGAGCUGUUGAGGCUGCUCUGCCCGGUUCAGCUCGUGAGGGCUCAGGUGAGGGAGCUGGACGGUCUGCCAGUACUGCUGAGUCUGUUGCAUGGCAAGCACCUGAAACUGCUAUGGAGUGUCACCUGGGUGCUGGUCCAGCUCUGCGAGGACCCCGACAUCAGGGUGGAGAUCAGAAGCUGGGGUGGCGUGCAGCAGCUCCUCCGGCUGCUCCACAGUGACAGGCGGUACAUCACCGACCGCUCGUCCAUUGAGGCGCUCUCCAGUGCCAACGCAGCCGGUCGCAUCCAGAGAGAGCACAUGAGGGAGGAGCUCAGCCCUCAGGAGGUGGUGGACAACACGAUCGCGCUCCAGUCAGCCUGCUGUACAGCUCUGACUGAGAUGAGUCUAGAUGACACAUCUGCUCACCACAUUGUUCAGGAAAAUGGCAUCUAUAUAAUUGCAAAGUUGAUUAUACCAUGUGACUCUGGACAAACAAUCACUUCUUUACAGUGCUAUGCAUUCCGGGCGCUCCGAUUUCUCUUUAGUGUGGAAAGAAAUAGACAUCUGUUUAAGAGACUCUUUCCCACAGACCUCUUUGAGCUGUUUAUUGAUGUUGGACAUUAUGUGCGGGACCUCGCUGCCUAUGAGGGCCUGCAAACCAAAGUUUCACUCUACACUAAAGAGGAACUGGACAAUCUGAGAGAAGGCAUUGAGACAGUGGACCAGAACCGACCUCCUCUCAGAGUGAUCAGUGGCUACUCUGUGUUGGACCAUCUGGGCACCGGGGCCUUUGGAAGUGUCUUUAAGGUCCAAAAACAGAGCGGCCAGAACAUCCUAGCGUUGAAGGAGGUGAAUCUACACAACCCUGCAUUUGGCAAAGACAAGAAGUCCAGAGACAGUAAUGUGGAGAAAAUCAUCUCAGAGCUCACAAUCAUCAAAGAACAGAUGACACACCCGAACAUUGUUAAAUAUUACAGGACUUUUCUGGAAGGUGACAAGCUGUACAUUGUGAUGGAACUGAUUGAGGGAGUACCACUGGCUGAACAUUUUAACUCUCUGAAGGAAAAACAGCAGCAGUUCACCGAAGACAGACUUUGGAAUAUAUUCAUACAGAUGUCUCUGGCAUUGAGGUACCUGCAUAAGGAGAAGAGGAUAGUCCAUCGUGACCUGACGCCAAACAACAUCAUGCUAGGGGAGAAAGAUAAAGUCACCAUCACUGACUUUGGCCUAGCUAAGCAGAAGGAGGAGAACAGCAAGCUCACAUCAGUGGUUGGCACCAUCCUUUACUCCUGCCCAGAGAUAGUGAAAAACGAGCCGUAUGGAGAGAAAGCUGACAUCUGGGCUUUAGGUUGCAUCCUCUACCAGAUGGCCACUUUACAGCCUCCAUUCUACAGCAGUAACAUGCUGUCACUGGCCAGCAAGAUUGUGGAGGCCGAUUAUGAGCCAAUUGAAGAAGGUACUUUUUCAGAGAGAGUCAUCGACAUGAUCAAAUGGUGUUUAAAUCCAGAUCCAGAUCUGAGACCGGACAUUAUAGCUGUGAGUUCCAGGAUCUCUGACCUCAUGAUGAAGCUGAUGGAUGGACUCUACACUUCCCAGAAUUCACUGGAAAGAAAAGCAGAGCGAGACAGGAAACGAGCACAGAGGUUUUUCCUAGAAAGAGAUAAAAUUAGGGUGACCUGCUCUUACUCAAACAUGUCACAGGAAACACCCAUGAUGAAGACUGAAUAUGCACCUUCAUGCUCCUCUACAGCCUGCAGCUCAAACCACAGCAGAGAGCAGAGACUCGCUCAGGAUGACGGCCCUGAUGAAGAUAUUGAAACAGGCACAGACACUACCACCAACUCUACAGGGAAACACUACGGCUCAAAGUCAGCUGCCUGUGCUACCCCUGAUCAUAUUUUAGUCAGUGGGGAUUUUGCAGCUGCAAAGGUGAAACCAAGACCGGUGUCAGCAGGAAUCUGCGUCUCCCAGAAGAAGCUUCGCCAGAUUGAUGAUCCAAUUCAGAGGCUUCUGGUGCAGCUGCACAAAAUCAUCUUCAUCACUCAACUUCCACCAGCUCCACACCACCACAUUAAACGGCGCCUUGUUGAAAGAUUUAAAAAGUCUCUCUUCCAAUUUGGCAGCGAUCCGUACAACCUGAAAGUGGAGCUCAGCAAGCUCGUCCAGGCGUCUCCAGAGCUGAUGGCAUUUGGUUCAAUCAGUUCAGAUUGGUGGCCUUGGAUCCACCACUUCACGGGAGACAUCCAUACCGCUGACAGCACAGUUGAUGUGAAUCUCAGAGAUGGAGUUACAUAUCACCAGAUGCAGGCGAUCAUUGAGGAACUGCUGAAUGAGAACAGCUACUAUGAACCAACAAACAGCAGGCUCAGAAAGAAAAGAAAUGACCAAGAAAAAAAGUAACAGUUAUCUUCACUCAUCCCUAAAAACUCAAACUUUAAAUUUAUUUGGAGAAGAAUGAGUUCACAAUGAUACUUCAACACUGCUUGAAAUCUAAUGAACAUUUAUCCCAACCCUCAUUACAAAACAUAUUCUCAUUGAACAUAAAAAGAAUAUAAAAGUAGUAAAUGCAUACAUUAAUUUGUUUGCACAUAAACAUGAUUACGGUGAUAUUUUACCACAGUGCUCAUAGUCAUGUUGUCACCUACUCUUUUGAUCUCAGGCAUUAUUGUUGUCUCUUUUUCCCAUAAAUGUGAAGUGACUGUAUGAAUUUCCAAAGAUAUAUUAAUGUAUAUAUAUAUGAAUAUAUAUACAUAUCUACAGAUAGAUACGGAUGUAAUUAAGUUUGAGACUGACAGUUAUUCUAUUCUCAGUUCAAAAUCAAAAUUUAAAACUUGUUUAAAAUGCUUUUUUUGAAGCACUUUAUACUCUCAGGCCCAGACAUUGCAUGUCACAGCAUGUGUUUUUCUAGUGGCUGCAAGCCACAGUGACCUUGUUUGCUUUCUAAGAACUGAUAAGAUGCAGCACAUUGACCUUAAUUCAACAUAUCACAAUUUUUGACUGGAUUUGAAAGAAAAAAAAAAAACAGGUCAAAUGUUUUGCACUGUAAUAAAAUGCACUCAAUCAGCAUUUUUACUAUAAAGAAGAUCUAAAACAUGACUGACAGCUGAAGAAAAGCUUUCUUUUGCACUUUGACUCACUGUUAUCUGUAUAAAACUAUUUAAAUGUUUGUAUUAAUAAACAUUAUUUAAUUCA